UUUUUCGGCCAAAAAAUGAUAGAUAAAAGGCCAUUCAAAGACUCCUGGAAGACACCCACAAGAUACAUUAAGUUCUACGCGGGCAGCACCGUCGACCUGCAGUGCGGAUUCCCCGACCGCCUCGUCCUGCCCAUGGGCCACAAGGCCGGCAUCCCCUACUCCCUCUUCGUCAUGGUCAACCCCCACGGCGGCGCCGACGAGCACGACCACGCCGACUACUACCACUCUGAGAAGGUCAACUACCAGGCCGCCGUCAAGGACAUCUACUCCUGCAACGGACUCAUGACCGUCGUCGACAACCGCCCCCUCGGCUUCCCCUUCGACCGCCAGAUCGACAACUUCGGCCGCUUCUACAUGCCCAACAUGUACUUCAAGGACGUCGUCAUCUUCCACAAGGACUCCAGCGCCGACUCCGUCGUCUUCAAGAAGAACGUCAACGACUUCGACGCCGUCAACGCCCAGGCCGGCCGCAAGCACAUCCCCAGCCACAGGCUGAUGGACGAGAUCCUCCGCGAGGACGACGACGUGCGUGCCUUCCUGUAAGCCGCGUCAAGCUGA